CCGCGCGGCUCGGAAGCCGAAGAGGAUCAAACGCCUCUGCUGGCUUUAGCAGCAAUAAAACUUCACACGUCCGUCCGUCCGUCCGUCCGUCUUCCCCUUCCCAUUUGUCCCGCAGCCCAGCGAAGGCGGAGGGGACGGGGCCGCGGGGCCGCUGCCGCCUUUCCCACGACGUGUUUGCGCAGCCUUAUCGGCGCGGGGCGGGCGGGGGUGUUUUGCACGACGGCUCCCGGCCCACCUUGGGCGGCUGCCCGCUCCACGCCGCCGGGGGACCGUGCCUCCGGCGGGGGGCAGCCCGGCGGGAGGGCCCCGGGGCGGCGGGAAGGGGAAGGGGGGGAGGGGCGCGGCGGGGCUCGGCGAGGGGCUGGCGCGACCUUGGCGGGUGCCGGGCCGCGGCGGGGGCGGGGUGUGCGGGGGGCGGGCGUGGGACGGGGUGCGGGGCCAGGGGUGCGUCGUGGCGGGGCGGGCCGCGUGUCAGCCCGGCCGGUGCAGCGGCGGCGCCCCCCGGCUCCCCGCCCGCCGCUCCCGAACACGGACCAGCAGGAAACCCGACCGACCCCCCCCCCCGCCCCCCCGAGCAGGGGAGCGGCGCAGCCCGCGCUCAGCCGCCGUCCCGCCGGUCGCACCGGGGCAGCGCGGGCCCGACCUUUGUUCCAAACCAAUUGCGUGGCAAAAGUUUCUUUUCGGUGGCGGGAGGAAACGGUGUCCCCGGCGCUGCCGCCUCUCCCCCGGCACCCGCCGCCCGCCCGCCGAGGCACCGCGGGCACUCCCCGGGCCGGGGCCGGGGCCGCAGCAGCGGCGGGGCCCGGGGAGGGGCGCGGAGGCACUUCGCAGGGCCCCGCGCUGCUCCCGCCGCCGGCCCCGCGGCCCCCGCCCCGCUCCGUCCCGCCCGCGCCGCGGGUGCACCGGGGGCUGAUGGCGGUCGGCACGGCGGGGCCCCGCUCCCCCGCCCGCCCCGAGCGCCGCCGCCUCCCGGCCCCAGCGGAGGGCGGGGCGGCCCGGCCGGUGGGGGCGGGGCGGGCCGAGCGGGGCACCGCCCCCGGGCCGCGGUCGGCGGCGUUUAUAUGGGGGCGGCGCGGGGCGCCGCGGAGUUCCCGCAGUUCGCCCGCUGCUGUGCAGCCGCCGUCGCCGCCUCGGCCCGGCACCCGCCGUCCCGCCGGGAAGGAGACGGGACCAUUUCGGAUCUCAAGCAAACGGCCCCCUCCUAUCUAG